CAUACAUCUCAUCACACAAAUUUAUUUUUAUUUCAAUUUGUUUAUUACUGCUACUGCUUUAGUUGAAAUAGAUUACCAAAUAAAGGAGAUUAAUAGAAGAGAUGUCAACCGAAAAAGAAUAUAAACCAGUUACUGUGGAUAAACUUAUACCCAAUACCUUUGAUUUAGGUAAUUUGGCUACAUUUGAUCCAAAUCCAUUAGAUAAUAGUAAAUUAAAUAAUGAUAAUGAAAGAGAAGAAUAUUUAACUUCAGUUACAAGAGAUAAUGUUCAAUUAUUAAUAAAUCAAAUAUUAUCCUUACCAGUGAAGACUACUACUGAUAGUCAAGUUACAUCUACUGGACAAAAUAGUACUAUGACAUUAAUACAAUUACCUGAACCAACUACAUUAUUACCAAGAGAAAAAUCAGUACCAAAGGCUAAGGCACCAACCAAAUGGGAACAAUUUGCUGCUAGAAAGGGUAUUAAGGCUAAGGCUAAGGAUGGUAAAUUAAUAUAUGAUGAAGCUAGUGGAGAAUGGGUUCCAAAAUGGGGUUAUAAAGGUAAGAAUAAAGAACUUGAUAGUCAAUGGUUGGUUGAAGUUGAAGAUAAAGUGAAGAAUACUGAUAAAGAAUUAAUAGAUCCAAGAACUUUGAAACGUGCUGAAAGAAAGAAAUUAGUUAAAAAGAAUGAAUUACAACAUAAGAGAAAUCUUAAAAAUCAAUCAACUUAGUUAGGUAGGUUGACUGAAAUAUAUUUAAUUUUGCAUAGAUAGUGUAUAUAUACGAUCCAUUUUUUUAAC